CCGCGUAAUUUCUUAUUAUACAAGAAGAUUCCUCCACGUAACAGUACCACAUUCCUACUUUUUCUGGAACCUUACAAAGCAAGAGACAAUCCUCUCCCUUCUUACGAUCUCCCUAACAUCACCGCCAUACUUGUUUCUCCUCGAUCAAUCCAAGGUUGUUAUAAUGAGUAUGUCUGAAAACGAAGAUCACGCUGAGGUUUCCGACAUCGAACCCACUGCAGCGGCUAGAAAACGCUUGAGAGAUAGGUCAAAGGAGGUUUUGUCCAAACAAGCGGUUAAGAUCGCUAAACGUGCCGAAGAACAUGAAAGUUUCAUCAACAAGGUUACUCAUUUAUUGAAUGUUCUUGGCUUUGGUGGGUUUUGUUUCAUCUUAGGGGCAAGGCCUCAAGAUGUUCCCUUAGUUUAUUGUUUGUUCUAUGUUGUCUUUGUUCCUCUUCGUUGGAUAUACUACAGGUUCAUGAAAUGGCAUUACUAUCUCCUGGAUUUUUGCUACUACGCCAAUACAAUUUUCUUGGUUUACCUUCUCUUUUAUCCAAAGAAUGAAAAGCUUUUUCUGGUUUGCUUUUCAUUUGCUGAGGGGCCGUUAGCAUGGGCUUUGAUUGUUUGGCGUUGCAGUUUGGUGUUCAGUUCUGUUGACAAAAUCGUCAGUGUUCUUAUCCAUCUCUUACCUGGGUUGGUUUUCUUUACCAUUCGAUGGUGGAAUCCUGAGACCUUAGAAGCCAUGCGCCCAGAGGGAGCUUCCGCAAGAGUUACAUGGCCUUAUAUCGAAGAUAAAUCCUAUCUCUGUACAUGGCUGUUUCUCGUUCCCUUAGUAGUUUACACCCUGUGGCAGGUUCUUUACUUCCUCAUUGUCAACGUCUUACGUCGACAGCGGUUCUUAAGAGAUCCCGAAGUCAUGACUUCCUACAGGGAACUUUCUAAAAAAGCUCAGAAAGCAAACAACAUGUGGUGGCGUCUAAGCGGUUUGCUCGGGGAUCAAAACCGCUUGUUAAUGUUCAUUCUUCUUCAAGGAAUGUUUACGGUGGCAACAAUGGCACUGACAGUUCCGAUAUUCUUGUCGUACGAGUUGUCAAUGGUUUUCCAAAUACUCAAGGUAUCUGCAUCAGUGUGGAAUGGGGCUGGCUUUCUGUUAGAGGUAAUGCCAAGGCAGGUAAUUCUCAAGGAGAAAAAGAAAUCAGAGAUGCAAACUGUUCCAAUUCAAAAUGAUCAAUCAUCAUAGAUGAUGAUGAAGUUGCACCUAGUAUUAUUAGUUGAGGUUUUGUAGGUUUACUAUAGUUCUAAAACUGCUAAUGAAAUGGGAUACAUCAAUGUAUAUUAUCAGGUUUUCUUCUUGCAUUCAACAUUCUUCUAUUCAAAUGGUUAUUUCUUAUUA